UGCGAAACAGCUGACAGCGAAGUCUGCCAUCACUCCGCGUUUCUUCGAAAUUUUUGAUGUACCAAAGGCCUUCAACGUACAAAGAAACGCCUCAUCGCACAACUAAUCAUUGUCGAACAGAGAAUCGGUUAUCUGAUGGCAUAUACCACGAACGCCAUACUCCUUCAGGGCCCGGUCAAGGGGAGACCGGAGACGAAGGAGAUGGUGAUGUGUUUACAAGGAGGGAAAUCUGUGGAUAUGGAGGAUGGGCAUGGGGAAGUGGGGAAAAGGCAGGAGCAGCAGCGCGUGCACGGACAGGAGCAGCCGGGCCCGGAGUUUGGGGUCGUGGUGGAGGGGGAGGGGGAGGAGGAGGAGGAAGAGGAGGAGGAGGAGGAGGAGGAGGAGGACUCCGCCCUUCGAGCUCUGUGCUUAAUCCUCUGGCGGCAGAGUUUUGCCCCAACAUCAACAGCGACGACGGAUCGGGGCCUGCAUCUAGAACCUUCGAAAGGGGCCCGAGUGCGGCGGCGCCACAGAUUGCAGAUGGCCCAGCAGCAGGUGGAGCCUCUGGUGCUGACCAAGCUGGAUGGACAAGAAAUAGUAGGAAGAAGGGAGGCGGAUGUCAGGGGCCAAAUGCGAGCGGCAGCAGCAACCUGCAGACAUUCCCGUUCAAUGCGGGAGGAGCAGCAGCGGAUGCUGGGGAUAAUGACCUUGAUGACAACGGCAUCGUCGGUGGGGACUGUUUUACCGAGAAUCCAAGUGUGAUCAGCAACGAGAAGCAAACGGCUGUUGCUGAUGAACUCUGGAAAGUGGACGCGGGGAAUCGUCAUCUUCCACCAAUGAUUGCAAUGGUGUCGGAAAGUACCAUGCGUAUGCAUCCACCUCCGCCGGUGGAUGGCACAGAGAGAGGGCGAGGGGAAGUUUCUUCUUUGGGCUUGCUGGAUUGUUGUGGCGAAUCGACAGAUCCACUUUCAGCAGCUGCAGCAGAGACCAAUCAAGAAAGUAAUCAUCGCCAAGGGGACCAUGGUGAACUCUGUACAGCUGAUGCACUCGUCAUGUCGGGCGAGCCUAGAUUUGGGGUUGCUGCCCAAGAGAUGGCAGCUUCAGGAAUGAUGACAACACAGUGUGGCCAUGGAACUGAUGAGGAAGUCGUGCUCUCCGGCAAUGACAGUUUAACAGUGGUGGCACCGGCAAGCUCUUUCCGCCACAGCGGCGAUGAAUCUCCACCAUCUAAGCAGCAGGGACAACCCCAGAGGAGGUCCUUGGUCAGCAGUUUGACUGCCGCACUGCGUGCUGAUGCUGGAGAAACCGGAUUCCAGAGAGGAUCAGAAACGAUAUCCCGUCAAUAUGAACAUCAGCAGUUGGCCGGAGCGAUGAACAGUGACCAUGACUCUCUUCUGCACCUGUCUGGUUCAUUGUCUCCCCAUUCAAUAGCUGGCAGCUCUCCUAGGCAUGGAAACAGCUACGGUGCGCACCCACGCCCUCAUCACCGUGGGGGGAGAGGUGGAGGUAGGGGAGGGCAUCCCCAGAAUGUCCCACAUGGUGAAGGAGGAGUUGGUGGUGGCGGUGCGGGUGGUCGAAGGGGACAUGCAGGUAAUGCAAAUCAUCUUCUCAACUUUCAAUACGAGCCCUUUGAUCGGCGACGGCAGUUCCCGGCUCGGCAAGUCCCACGGCGCCCUCGUCAACCUGUCGCUCCAUACAACAAGGAGCUGUUUCUUCAGGCAAAUUUUCGGUUUCUUGUCUCCGAUCUUGCCGACUACUCGUUGAAUGUUAAUGAUCCCGAUCGCAUGCUGGAUUGGGAAGAAGUUGCAGCAGUGAAUGUGUCCCCGGUUCAGCCACUUCAGUGCCCCAUCUGCCUCGAGCAACCCCCUCUUGCUCCGCAAAUCACAAUGUGUGGGCAUAUCUUCUGCUUCCCGUGUAUUCUGCGAUAUCUGACAAUGGGAGUAGAGGAUUAUAAAGGUGACCCCUGGAAGAAAUGUCCGCUAUGUUUCACGAUGGUGUCUGUAAAAGAAUUGCGGACGGUAGUGGUUCAAGAUGUUCAGCCUGUUAAAGUUGGUGAGAGCAUCCGUUUCACUCUUCUCACUCGGUUCAAGGGGUCGAUCAUCCCUCUGGAACCAGUGGAUCUGGAGAACUUACAGGCGAAUCGUGUUGGAAGGAAAGCAGGAGCUCCAGCAGCUCCUCCCCCUCUUGGUGGCGCUCUUCUCGCAUCUAUGUCUCACGGAGGAGGGGAUAAUGGCAGUAAUCGAGCUCUUGCUUACUCUAUGGAUGGUGGCCAGUGCUCUGUCUUCUCGAAAUUUACUUUGACAUCGUCAGGUCAGGCAGUUGCGAACAGUGCUGUGAAUGAGCUUACAUCCUGGGUGGAGAGGGUACAGAAGACUGGUGGGGAGGAGCUGUUAAUGCUCCCUUACGUGCUUUCGUCGGUCGAUCAUCUAAAUCUCCGCCUGCAGACCUGGUCUUCUCACCGAACAUCGGAGUUUCUGUCCUGCAGCCCUCCGAUCCAGAAGCGUAUUCUUGCCCAGGCGAAGACUGGCUUUGUAACAACCGGCAGUAGGGGGGCGCAGCCAGCGAGCACGCAUCCGGCAAGUACAGAGACCAUGGAACCUUCCAAUGGCUCUACCCAGCUUAAUGGUGGAGCAGUUGAAUCCCUUUCACAAAAGGUGGGCGACCUCAGCCUUGCUAAAAGCAACAACGUAAUAGAGAAGCGUGGUUGCCCUGCACCUGAGGGUAAGGCGAAGGGAGUGGAAAUAUCGAAAGAUAAGGGAAAGGAUGCUGGCGAAAACAACGCUCGAGUAAUGGCUGAACUCAAAGCAAAAGAGGGAUGCACAAAUCAUGUUGGUUUCUCCGAUGGCGAUGAUGAUGGCGAUGACUCAUCUGCAGGACCCCAGAGAAGAGGUGUAAGUGGGAAAAUGCGGUCUGUGCGGCCGAAUGCUGUCUCUUUGCAGUCAGGUAACCGAGGGGCAGAAGCGAGAGAGGGGGAAUGGGAAACUGAUAAUGGGCAAACCCCACCAUCCUCGUCGACUUCGGAAGGAGGUGAAGAGGGCGUAUCUCACAAGGAGCCUGCCACUACUGUAAGGAGGGACUCUGAAGAGAAGGAUGUUUUUCUCUUUUAUCAGGCGGCAGAUGGACAGUCUAUUUUUCUGCAUCCGCUGAGCAUGAAGUGUCUGCUUCACCAUUACGGAUCUCCCGAGGCCCUUCCUCAAAGUCUUGAAGGGAAGGUUCUAGAAAUAGAGUCUGUUGUCCAAGCGGAGGCCACACGGAGACGUUUCCGCUUCUUGAGUCAUCUGCCACUCACGUCAUCUUUCCAGUUUUGUGAAGUGGAUUUGUCGGAAACCCUCCCGUCUUCCUCUCUGGAGCCGUUCCAGGAUGAAAUCAAGCAGCGGGAAAAUCGCAGGCGAAGACGGCAAAAGCAGGAACAGGAAUUGAGAUCGAGGGAGGAAAAGCUUGCUGCUGCUGCACGAGCGAAGGUUCCUACAGCUGAAGAUUUUUUGGCCGUGCUCUCGGUUGGAACGGGCACUUGUUCUCCAUCACAAGCACCUGCACCGGGUCCAUCUCAGGGAGCCUCUACAUCUUUGUCAGCUGUUAAUAAUAUUCCAGAUGAGCAAGGUAACCAUUCAUCACCAUUGCCAUCUUCAGUUGCUGAGCAAGGGACCCCGGCUCAGGUAUCUGCUCAAGCAAAGCGGUCACUGUUUUCCAGUGUAGCGAAAAUGGGGUUCGCUGCGGGCUUUGAUGCCCCGGAUCUCUCAUCUGCACCUGGCCCAUCUGCUCGCCCCUGUGCGUUAUCAGCUGGGAGAACAACUCCUGUGUCGUUCGCGAGCGUCAUUCAGAGGAGUUCUAAUGCUGGCGCGAGCGGCAAUUCCGGGGGUCGAGAGAACUUGGUGGCAGCAGCUGGUAGUGGAGGCGGCAAGAAGAACCGCAGACCGGGGAAACAACUCCUGCUCUCGACUGGAACAACAAGACGUUAUUGAAAUGGAUAUGGUUAAUUUCCAAUUGUGGAUACAGUGAAGUGCGCAAGAAACUGCGAAGAUGUACAGUCAAUCUUUCCACCUGCUCACCGGUCCUGCGAAGUUGUUUUAUGCAUGCGUUGCUCGCGUAAAACACAAAUCUUGGGUUUAUGAAAACGCACGAAGCGAUCACUUGAUGAUGGAUCGAGUCCCCUGUUUCUCUUGUCCCAGUGCAGGCGACUCUUUAGCCGCUGUUUUGGUUGUGGUGUGUCGUCUCGAAUGCCUCUUCUGUUCAAGUUGAAAGCCGCAGAGGCUUUUAUACAUGUUGCCGUAAGGAUUACUGUGUGUGCAAAGUCCCGAAGUGCGAAGUACCGAAGGGAGUGGGUUGUGGACCAUGGGUCUAAUCAACCUAACUUGGAGUCAGUGCAAGGAGAGGUGAGUGGGGGAUGGAAAGCAAGUGGAAAGCUUAAAAGUGUUGGAGAUGCGAACAGUGUGCGCGGACUUCUCUGUUUCUCAGGGAGUUAUUGAGAACUCGUUCAUUUGCAGCUCGAGUUGUGUGCACCAGUCUGUAUUUUGUUGUCGAAAGAGAUGGUGGAGAACGUGUUUCGGCUGUGUUCUUUGCUGAUGUAUCUAGAUGGGCUGACCUGUGGUAUGUAUACGUAUCGAGAGUGGAAAGGGAAGGGAUCAUUGAAUGGAUUUUUUUUUGCUUAAACCACUAGUACCUCCGAGCCUAUUUUCGACAAGUACUGGUCUACCUCCGAACUUUCAGGAGGCCGAGCCCGCCGUUGAUCAAUCUUAUCGCCGGCCGUCGCUUCGUUUUGGCCUCCUGAAAGGUCGGAGGCUGAGUAUUUUCGAACCGACAAAGGUACUAGCGGUUUAGCGAAUGAAAUUGUGCAGGAAGUUGGCUCUCGUAUCCAUGUCGAACUUCGUUAUGAUGAAGUGCCUUACGCGGCAGCAGAUUUAUCAUCACAGGGUCAGUCGUCCCGUGGUGAAGGAGAGGGGAUGCGGAACGGAUGUAGCACAGAGGUGCAGAGGAGAAGAAAGUGGAAGUAAUUCUGGGUGUAGAGAAGAGAGAGGAGCGUAGGACCGGGAAAUAGACACUGCGGAAAGUGAAGCAGCAAACCAGGGGCAUGCUAUCAUGAGGCAGGGGUAGGGAAAUUAGAAUAUGUCAGGUCGCAGCUCAGGUCGAUGUCAUGGUACACAUCUGUUUGCAUUGUGAUGCUGUGGGAUUGUUCAGGGUCCACAGUUGGGAGAUUGCCAAGUGGAAUGUUGUGGGGACUCAGGAGUGUAUAAUGUGUUGUGGAAAGUUGAGACCGGUAAUCUCUCGUUUGUAGACAAGAAGCUUGAGAAAUUUCAAUACACUACUGAAUGUACAUUGUGACUUACAGCUGCUGUGCUUGUGUUACUUAAUUUCUGAAAGUGGAGUCGUCCCUACACACCACCUAGGACAAUAAUGCGCUAAAUAAAUACAUUGGUGAUGCCCUGUUAGGGUUAUGGGUUAUUACUCAAGUUUCUUGCAGACCUGCCCUCCUUAUGGGUCGUCUGUUGGGCAGCAUUGAGCUUAAGAGGAAUUGCACUAUUGGGUACUUCCUCCUCUCCAUGGCACCGAGUGCGCUUCUCCUGCCCUUUGCCUCCUCCUCUUUCUGGUGUUAUUUCAUUUCCAGCUCAACGCUUGAGGGAGGGCUAGCUGGCUCCUUAUGGUGUCUUCAUCCCCUACGCACUAUCGUCAAACUCCUGGUCAAAGUUACACUGCGAGUGCAUGUCCCCAGCCUUGCAGCUACGCAGAAAAUUAUGCGGCUUGGGUCUACAUAACCACAAUGGCUGGCGGCGCCAGCCCAAAAAAAAAAUAGGCCUGUGUGUACUGGUGAUUCAAACCUGACGUGCUCGUCUUGUCCUCAGCCUUUCCCCUAGUCCGCUGCGCUCAUCUCACGC